AUGGGCAAAACUCUCGUAGAAGGACACCGCCAAGUCAACCCGGCCGGAUUCCGCUCACCGCUCCAGCAACUGUGCGCGAUUCGUUGCUUGCCCUGCUACAGACCCCGUCGAUUAGCGCUGGUUGCCGAGGCAACGAGAUCCGUACCGCCAGUUCUUCACGGCCUGAAUGAAGGCAUCGACAUGUCGGUUCCGACGUCGACACUCAAGCAUAUAUCCAUAAAGACCCGUCGGCUACGGCGUCAGAUGGAUCUGAACCAACAGCCUUUUCGUGGUGAAGGAUGGUGUCCUCCUGGGUUGGGUAAGCUGAUACAAUCAUGA